AGUGGCCAAAAAAGCAUUGUUGGUAGGUCGGUACGUUCGCAUCUGAUUCAUCCGAUUGUUUACAGGAAUGAGGAUAAAACAUAAUACGUUGUAGCAAUACGUGUUACUGGUUAAACAGUUUAUCAGUCAAUUGAAAUAUGGGAUGUUGUUACAGUUUCUGUAAGGAGGACAGCGGGCCGCAGAGUGGGGAAGUAAAUGAAAGGACACAUUUGUUGGUAGACCCUGUCAGUAAUAGUACAAAUAUACCUGGAGUACACAGUGAUGAUUAUGUUAAUCAAUAUGCAAGUUCUGCACCCAAGAAGACAGACGAGCAAAGCGCGUUAAAUAGAAUUUUACACGAAACUGCAGCUAAUGUAAUAGAUGUUGGAGCAUUAGAUUCGCAUAAUUUGGAACAGCAUGAAUAUAUGGAUAGAUCACGAGCCUAUUCAAAACGCAUAGAAACUGGAGGAGUUAAAGUCCCUGAUAGCACAUCUUGCUUACUCAAAGAUAUCCCCGCUCCAGAAAGGGUACUAGCAGCUGAACCAAUUCCUGCUGGAAAUCACGAGCUGAUUAUUGAUAUGCUCAAUAAAGCUGUGAGAGCACUAGAAGAUGUAAAAGUUGAACACAAAGAGGACUUGGUAGUUCCUUUCUUAUCGUGAUCUUGUAGUAUUUCCUCUGCAGGAUUACACUUACAUCCUGUUUGAGUGAAAUCUUUCUACUACAUGACAUUAAAAAACAUACAUCUUCUCAAAAUCAAUUUUCAAUAAGAUAUUCUAAACUUACUUGAACAUGAAAAUCAAUUAAGAAUUACAACACAGUGUACCAUAGAUCGAAGUUGAAAUAUCACUUCUUAAUAACAACGUUACUGUAUUUCCAAGAAAACAGAUUAUAAUUAAAACAACUGAAUUUGCUAAUGCUUUCCGUAACUUAUAUAUGAUAUUGUAAAAAAUUAAUCUAUUAUUAUUACACUUUGCAAUGUAUAUGUUGAACAAGUAACGCAAAGACUAUUUUGUCACAAUUUAAAAAAUGUAAUUCUAUUAUAGGUCUAUAGAUUUUUAUGUACAGGUUUAUUGAAAAAUUAAUUUUUAUUAAACUAAUAAAAAUGUUUUCAGGUUUUUACUAUUACUAUAUACAAAUUUCUAUCAAUUUCUAAUGAAGUGUUUAAUAUACACUAAACGUUAACAAAACUGGUUAGUUAAGAAACCGUUACAGUAUCAGUAACCAAUCAAAAAUUGUUUAAAUAAUUUUCGUUAGUUACAUUAAACUGUACUUUUUAAUUAUGAUGCACAUUUCAAUGUUUAUUAUAUUUACAUUACUGAAAACUGCUUAUAUUAAAUCAAGACUAAAUAUAAACUCUUGAUUCAUACAUAUAAGAAUUUGUGAUAAUUAUAUUCCUAUUAAUUAACUCUAUUAACUUUGUAUUAUUUAGUAAUUAUGAAUGUUCUUAUGAACACUUUAUGUUUAUCAAAAUCUGUUAAAUUAUAUCUUUCUAAAACUG